CCGCCUCUUCGCUGAUUCGCUGUGCUUGCAGCACCGAGUUUCUCAGCCUCUUGUUGCCGCUGCUGCCGUUGCUGCCGUUGUUGUUGCUGUGCCUACUCCCCCGACGCUUGUGCGCUCAGCUGCCGAGGUUUUGUUUUCCGCGGCUGCUCUACAUGCAGCAGGGACAGUACUAGUCUUUUUUCCACUGAGGGCAAUAAUAACGUAUAUUGUCAACAAUGGCUCCGCCCCAGGCACCGGCCACUCAAGUGGCGGGGCCUGGUGAACAACCUCCCGCGCAGCGGGGCUGGACCGGAGGGAUUGCUGGGUUUGUUCGGAUGGGCAUUUUCUGGUACUUCGCUAUGCAAAUGUUCGGUCCGAAGAAAGUUAAGAAUCCCGCUGAUCUUACAGGCAAUCUUUUCAACAAGGGCGAUAAUCUGGAUCUUUAUUUGUACAUAUCCGAAUCAUCAGAAUUUACCGACUUUGGCAAGGUGAAACCAAUUUGGGAAGAGAAAAACAUUCCUUACGCCGUCUGGACCCCUGAUGGUGUUCGUCGCACAAACUACACAUAUACUCCUUCAAAGGCAGCUCAACAUAAUGCUACUGUAUAUGCGCACGUUUGUUUUACAAUAUCAGACUUUGAUUUGACUAGUCAAUAUGGUCUGAAGAGCCCAGAUGAUCGGAAGAGUCGAGAUUUCUUCUGUAAACGUCAUUCUCUUGUUGUAUACCUUCCAAAACCAAAAGUUGAUAAACGUAAGAGUUUGCUUGCAAAGGAUGAGAAAGGGAACUCUUCAGAGCCACUUUUGGAGGAGCCUGCAGAAGGAGUGGAGGAGGGUCCUCCCGAAUGGGUUUCGUAUUUUAAACCCAACCUGACCAUAAACUUGGUGGAUGACUUCACUAGAUAUCCGAAAGUUGGCGCCCCACCACCAAUUGCUGAACACCUUUCUUAUUUCUAUGAACGAAGUAGGGACGGCUUUUUGCAACCUACUGGUUAUUACCCAACUGUUUUUUUCAACGAGUUUUGGUUGCUGAGAGACAAGCUUAUCGCUCUUAAUGAGACCGUCGAAAAACUGGAAGUUAACUUUGAGUUUGGUCCAAUUAGUCUCACUCGGUGGCAGCUAUAUCUACAAAUAGAUCAGUCAUUUCAAAUUCAUAAGUCAUAUGGGAGCAUGAUGGAUGGUGAAGCUGAUGAAUUGAAGAGGGUCUUUUUGGAAGGAAAUCCUUAUCUACUUGGGUUGACGAUGUGUGUUUCACUUCUUCACACCGUCUUUGACUUCUUGGCAUUCAAAAAUGAUAUUCAGUUUUGGAACAAGAACAAGUCCAUGGAAGGAUUAUCAGCACGGUCUGUCGUUAUCAACUUUGUUUGCCAGUUGAUCGUGUUUUUGUACUUGUUGGACAAUGAGACUUCUUGGAUGAUCAUCCUCAGCGCUGGCAUGGGCUGCUGCAUUGAAUUCUGGAAAAUUGGGAAGGCCAUGCAUGUAGAGAUUGAUCGUAGUCGAGGGUACCCUCUUCUUAAAUUCAGCGAUCGACAAUCAUAUGCUGGGAACAAGACAAAGGAAUAUGAUGCCUUGGCGAUGAAAUACCUAUCCUAUGUCCUAUAUCCUUUGGUUGCUGGUUUUGCAAUCUACUCGCUUAUGUAUGACCGUCAUAAAAGCUGGUAUUCCUGGAUUUUGGGAUCUUUGACAAGUUGUGUGUAUACAUUUGGUUUUAUCAUGAUGUGUCCACAGCUUUUUAUCAACUACAAGUUGAAGUCUGUAGCUCACAUGCCUUGGCGACAGAUGACCUACAAGUUCCUCAAUACUAUCAUUGAUGACUUAUUUGCCUUCGUUAUUAAGAUGCCUCUUCUACAUCGCUUGUCUGUAUUUCGAGAUGAUAUCGUUUUUCUUGUCUACUUGUAUCAGCGUUGGAAGUAUCCAGUUGACAAGAAGCGCGUCAAUGAGUUCGGGUUUGGUGGAGAUGAUGAGAAGGAGGAUGAGACCAAUCUUUUGGAAGGAACGGAAGCUGUGCAAGGUGAUAGAGCCGGGGAAGAGAGGGCAGGUGGCCCUCGAGUGGGUAUUACGGAGGACUCCGUCAGUAAGAGAGCUGGAGGUAGUAGAGAAGAGAAGGAUAGUAGUUCAAUACGGGCAGGUUCAAGGUCAACCGGAGAGAGUAAGAAGAGCACUUAGCAGUUUAACUAUCAUGCUAUCUUUGUCCACACUUGUAAUCCAACGAGUGCUUUCCUAUGGUUCCAUCCGAUUGUCCCUGUUGUCCAAGCCAGCUUUCCUACAUCCGCGGGUAGCUACAAAACAGUGCUUCUACUGAUUUUGUAAGCUGUAAUGAUGAUUGUAACGUUUGGAUUGGUAGAUUGACUGAGCACAUGUGCUUUGAUAACGAAAGCAUAAUACUGUCGGGUAACAGUUUAUUGCAGACUCAGCAGUAGGAGGAUUAUUACGAGGUCCAAACUGUAAAGUGAUUAUAAUUUACACCCUGGACAAUAUUUCUUUUC